GAUUAUUAGUGUAGUGCAUUUAUGAGCAAGAGGAAUCUCUCAGGUGUGUGUUUGUUUUUAAUAGUGACCCCUCCAGAAUACCAGCCUCCUGGCUUUAAAGAGGGAGAGUCAGAGUUUAUCUUAUUCGAAGGCAUUCCUGUGCAUGUGAAGGUGGGAGGAAUAGAAACAUCUUUCCAUAUGUUAAAGCUGAAGAUUAUUAAAACGGAGGAGAGGAUAGAUUCAAUGGAUAUACAUGGUAUCCUGAAAGAGUGUAGAGAAGAUGCAGAGAGAGAAAACGAACAGAGGCAGGACACUUUAGUAGAAUACAUUAAUACAGAAUAUGAACCACCAGGAUCUGAAGAGGAAUUUGUUGAUAAAUACCACAAGGUCAAGGAUGAAGCUACAAAAAAGAGGAAGAUAUCAAAGAAGAAUAAAUAAGGAAUUUAUGCAUGUGCAAGUACUUCAAAUUCAGUUAAGCCCACAAGAAAUAUUUUGGUUGCUUGAAAUAUACUGAAGAGAUUUUUAUUUUCAAACUGAAGAAGGAAUUUAGUUCAAGCAGCUGUUUUUAAAUCUUUUAAGUCUCCAAUUCUAAUAUACUCAGACUGUUUUUAAAGGGGAAAAGUAAUUUAUU